AUGACAGUCUCCGAGGAGCCGUGGACGUCAACCGCUCCCGAGGCAGCCCACAUCCAGCUCGUCCAGAUUCCCCUCGCCGCGCUCGAGGCCCUCGCCGCCAACGACCUGCCCUCCGCCCGGACCCUGUCCGGGAUCCCCAACCUCACGCCGUACACUUCCUCCGCCGCCGCGCCGUGGGUGACGCGGCUGGUCGUAGACGGCGGUGCGGUGGUCGGGCGCGCAGGCUUCCACGGGCCGCCGGACGAGCGCGGCAUGGUCGAGGUCGGCUACUCGAUCGACCCGGCGUGUCGGCGGCGGGGCCACGCGCGGGCGGCGCUGCGCGUCAUGCUCGACGUGGCGGCGGCGGACGAGCGGGUCAAGGUUGUGCGCGCGUCGAUCGGGCCGGGCAACGAGGCGUCGAUGGGCGUGGUGCGGCCGUUUGGGUUCAAGGAGGUGGGAGAGCAGUGGGAUGAGGAGGACGGGCUGGAGACGAUUCUGGAGGUUGAAGUGUAG